AUGCACAUAUCUAGAGAGGACCUGCAGCCCAGAUACACUUCACCCCCUACUCUACAGGACUACCUUCACAGAUCUAAUGCCCUGGAUCCAAGGUUUAAGUCCCUGUCUCACAUGGACCCUGCCCUACGCCAGAGGACAUACAGUGACCUCACCACAGAGAUUGUGAGCAGUCUGGGCACUAAAGACUGUGAUGAGGGUCAAGCUCAAGCUGCAGAGCCAACAGGAGCAAACUUGGACUCAUCAUCUCCUCCACAAAAGAAGUCGGUGAUGGCAGAGCUUUUUGGAGAGACCUUUGCCAGCAAAGACAACAAGACUUCUGCUGACAUCAUCAAAGAGGAGGUGGAAUCCUAUCUGCUGGCAGCAAGCGGCAUUACAGUGGAUGGUGAUCCGAUGACAUGGUGGAAAAGCAAUGAGUGUAAAUACCCUCAUGUUGCCAAGAUGGCAAGAUGCUAUCUCGCUGUGCCACGCUCUUCAGUUCCUUCUGAGAGAGUGUUCUCAACAGCAGGGGACAUAGUGACUGCACAGAGGUCCACACUCUCCCCAGAGAAUGUAGACAUCCUUGUCUUUUUUUAA